AUGAAGUCGCUGCGGUUGCUGCCGAAGUCGAUCGCGGCCACAUCGCAAUCUCCAAUUGCCAUACUUCACUUUCGCGAUAGACCUCGAGCUUCACAAGAGCCACGACCCGUCUCGAUUUACCACCCACAUAUUGUUUCAAAUCUAUUCUCUACUUCACGAAACCUCCGAGAGCAGAACGAACACACAGAAAAGGCAAAAGAACUGAGCAGGAAAGGGUUGGAAGAUAGCGAGAAAGACGAUGAGAAAGACGAUGAGAAAGACGAUGGUUUCAAUUCACAAAUUGAUAAUGCAAUCGGAAAGCAGAAGGAGCUUCAAGCCAGAACACCAUGGCAUCGAGAAGGGGCCGAUCAACCACCAGUACGGCGUAAUCGAAGUGCGGGAGCCAUGACAAAGGGCAAACUCCUAACAACCCCCUCGCGUCUCCUAAAGCUCAUUCUUCCCCUCACAACCCUCGACAAAAAUACCGACCGUAAAGACAUCGAACCCCUAGCCCUCCUCGUCCACCCCCAACAACCUCUCUCCUACCUCGAACGCCUGGUCCAGUCCGAACUCCCCAUGAUUACAGGAAAAGACGGCAAAGAAAAAGUCCCCGAGGUACACUUCCGCGCCGAAGACAGUGCUCAAGAUGACAUGGCCAAGGUCGCCGAAGAAGGCAACGAAGAAGAAGAAGGAAGCGAUGAGCAGAUGGUCGAUGGCAAACUCGUGAAACUCGGCAAGAUAAACAAGAAAGAAAAGAAACGCCUUGAACGACAAGAAGGGCUACGCGGUGGACCAGGCGAAGGUGGUGUAGAAAGCUAUUCUGGCUCAGGACGUGAGACUGAGAACGCGCCUAAUGAUCGCAAAUUCGUACGCUGGAGCUCGAGUACAGAGAUUGGAGAUUUCAUCCGUGACGCGGCGCGUGGAGCAGAAUUCGCUGUCGAAAUCGAAGGCGCGUCGCAUGAGAUUCGAGUCGGUGUCCCAAGUUUCAACGAUCGAACGCAUUACCUACGAACCCGCCUACGCAAAACGUCAAAGAAACUGGCGGAUUACGCGAGCGUGAAGAAGGAAUGCGAUGAUCUUGCACAUAAAUCGGCGCAGAGACUUGCGAUGGGGGGCUUUGGUGUGUUGGUUGGGUGGUGGGGGGGUUGUUAUUACUUUACUUUUAUGACGGAUUAUGGGUGGGAUACUAUGGAACCUAUUACCUACCUAGCAGGACUCUCCACCAUCAUGCUCGGUUACCUCUGGUUCCUCUACCACAACCGCGAAGUCUCCUACCGCUCCGCCCUCAACCUGACCGUUUCCCGCCGCCAAAACACGCUCUACACAGCCCGCGGCUUUAGUCUGCAGAAAUGGGAGGCACUGAUUGAAGAAGCUAAUGCGCUGCGCAAGGAGAUUAAGAAUAUUGCCGAUGAGUACGACGUGGAGUGGGAUGAGAUGCAGGAUGAAGGGAGUGAGGUCGUGCAUGAAGCGCUGAAACAGGAGAGGAAGAGGAAGAAGGGGAGUGAAGAGGAUGAGGAGGAUGAGGAGGAGAAGAAGAAGGGUGCGAAGAAGGAUAAAUGA